AUUUAUACUCUAGGGAGCAUUUGACAUUUGGAAAAAGCACUGCGCUGGUGAUGUACGUACUUUCUUAUUUCUUGUGCGAAUAAAAAUAAUAUUUCGCUAAUAUAAACGUGUUUCAGUUUCUAUGACAAGUCAGAAACUUUAUUGAAUACCUUUAUUGAUAAAGGCAAUUGGUUUUAUAGCUGGUAGUAUCCGAGGCAACCGUAGUGAAUAGUAAAAACUUGUUGAUGUGUUGUGCAAGUUCAAAAUCGUGAGUUUGCGAUCACAAUGUUAGCUACUCCCUUAAGCCUUCGGUCAAGAUCUGGUGAUAGUGAACGGCAUGCGAGGCCCUAUUGCGCCUGUUGGAACAAUAAAAAACUACCAGUUUCGUGGUCUGAGUUAAGUGCUUGUACGUGUGGCGAAGAUAAUAACGUUAGUGAAUGGAGAUGGGAGCAGCCACAAGUAAGCGGCUCAAGUUGGGUGGUGGUGAGUGAUGACAAGAAGCAGGUCACGUUCCAUCCAUUCUACAGCUCUGGUACGGCGGCCGCCCGCGGUGACUCCCCCCUGCUGCACGACCAUCACUACUACUGGGAGGUGAAGAUACUGACUGAGACAUAUGGCACUGAUAUUAUGGUAGGUGUUGGCACAAGCAAAGUUAACACAUCAGACUCUGAGUUCAGAUUCACAUCCCUGCUGGGUCAAGACGGGGAAUCCUAUGGGCUUUCCUACACGGGCAAGGUGCGGCACAACGCGCAGUUCUCGCAAGAAUCCGUCGGCUUCUGUCGCGGCAGCAUCGUGGGUGUACGCGUGGACUUGUGGCGAGGAACGCUGGAGUUCUACCUCAAUAGAAAGCCGCAAGGCGUGUCGUUCUACAACCUUCGGCGUCACCCGGCCCUCUACCCCAUAGUAUGCUCGACGGCCGCACAAUCCUCCAUGCGCCUCAUCUACGCCGCGUCGUGGCGCGCCUCGCUGCUGGUGGACGCGGCUAAAAUCCUCGCCGCCUCUUUGAGAAGCGACCGGCGCGCGCGACUGCCUCCGGGCCUGUGGUACACCUUGGGCUCGCAAUUCUGGCUCACCCUGCCUACUGAUGGUUGCGACAUUGGCGAUGACGAGGAUGCCGCCGGAACAGGAACAAUGGAAGCGGUCAAAAUGGCGACAAAUGUGCUAAGCGAGGUGUUGCCGACUCCAUACAUGAACGGGUUCUACGUGGACGGCGUCGACCGGGACUACCGAGUCGUUAUAUGGCAAUGACACCCUGACUUGAGAGGGCACGAGAAUACUUAGUGUUGGACUUAGCUUUUAGGAUUUUUAGGUGUUUAGUAAAAGGUUGUGUAACUUAACUUCGAUUGCAAUGGUCUGUAUUAACGGGCUCUCGAAACAGCCAGGCGCUUGUGGCAAACAACAAGCAGCAAGCAUCGACAAACACCAUAGAUGGCUUGCCUGCUAAUCGGAAUGCUCCCGAGCGUAACGGAAACUCAAACACCCUUCCAUACGCUUCGUCUGGAGCGUGCAUAACGCACUUCAUAUUUUUGCCGCCGCGAGUGGCCCGUUUGCGCCAAGCCUUGAGAACUAUGGAGCUUACUUAU